UCAUUAUGGUGGAAGCAUCCAGAUACCAGAAGGCGGGCAUUCCAUACAUUGCUGAUAAUGCAAGUAGUGACAAAUGGGCCUGGGUGUUUUUUGAGGCAAACGUUGAUGUCCCUAUGACUGCUGAGAUAGUUGCUAAAGCGGUGGAUACAGCUGCAAAUGUCCAACCUGAAAAUGUGGAAACCAUUUGGAACUUGAGAGGGAUACUGAACACUUCAUGGCACCGUGUUCGUGUUCGAGUUGGUCACUCUAACAUGUAAGUUGAAAUAGAAGAGAACUAAGGCCAUCUGCAGAAAGAUAUUUGUUUCCCACAUGCUCGAAAUGUACCAAAAAACCGUUACUUUCCGCUUGACAAAACACUAUUUCUUGGGUCUUUGAAGGUUUCUUUACCAUGCUAGUGUUUUGCA